CGAAAGAAGCUCACAAGGUUCCAAUUUUGAUGUUUCGAAGUCGGAUGUUAUUCGAGUGGCGUCGUUUCUUCGCCUAAUUUCUUCUUCUAUCAGAACACACCAACAAUCAUGCCAAUCAUAAUUUGCCCAACGAGCAUCCGGACCCAAUCGAAAUCAAACAAGGUAACCGGAGGAUAUUAUAAGAAUACACUAACAAACCAUGACGCCGAGAAUCCUCCGGCUGGUGGUUCUUUCCACGGCGRUCAUGCGUGCUGUGGAAGGAUCGACGCAUCGGCUGAUGCGCAAGAGAAACCAAGAAAUGAUCGCUGUGGUCACCAGACCAGAAGACACCCGUGCCUCCAAAAGAAGAGUGCUGCGGUAUUCUUCACCCAUAGAUGUGACGAACGACGCCGAGCUGGAACUUUUAUUUUUCAUGGAGGAGUCGUCCAUUUCCAUGAGCAUGGGUCCGCCUGGCGGUGGGAAUGACGGCCAUGGCGAUGGUGAUGGCGAUG